AUGGUAACGGAAGAUGCUCCGAUGUGAUUGGCUAUAGCUCCCCUGUACCUGGAAGCGGCUCUCAGCCUGAGCCGGCGGAGUCCCGGGUUUUCGGACAUUGGGGUCUCACGCCAAGAGGUCGGUUGGUUUCCGCUGACAUCGUGACUGCCAAUGAAUUCCAUCAAUAUCCUGCACCGUUGCAAUCCUGAUUCCACAAAUGAUGAAUGGCAGCCAGUUACACGUAAGCCUUUCUCCGGCACAUCAUCUCCCCAACGCUGCCGGAGAAUCCUGCGAAUUACAAGCCUUGUGUACCCGAUUCAUCCUAGGCUUGGACUUUCGAUGGACAUGCCAUGGUGACAUGAACAGGAUGAGUUAAGGGUACUUUCUACAUAACCAAGGUGUGUGGGCUUGUGUUAGUGAGCUCUUGUGCCGCUCCUCCUGGGAAGGUGCAAGGACCAUGAGCUUGUCGCUGAAGUUACGCAGGUUUGGGAGGCCAGUAAGCCCACAACUAGUUCUCUUACUUCUGUUUGCCUUCUGUCUAUUGAGUGUCUUCAUCUCAGCCUAUUAUCUCUAUGGAUGGAAAAGGGGACUGGAGCCUUCGGUUAAUGAGGCACAGGACUGUGAUGAGCCCAAGAUUAGCCCUUCACGUCUGCUCCCUGUGAAGCCCAUGAGAUCAAUGGACAUGUCUAGAACGGACCCACUGGUGCUAGUCUUCGUGGAAAGCCUAUACUCUCAACUUGGGCAGGAAAUAGUGGCAAUAUUGGAGUCAAGCCGCUUUAAGUAUCGGACCGAGAUAGCUCCAGGCAAGGGUGAUAUGCCUACACUCACCGAUAAAGAUAGGGGGCGAUUUGCACUAAUCGUAUAUGAAAAUAUUUUAAAAUAUGUUAACCUGGAUGCAUGGAACCGAGAGUUACUGGACAAGUACUGUGUGGAGUAUGGCGUGGGCAUCAUCGGUUUCUUCAAGGCCAACGAAAACAGCCUACUGAGUGCACAACUUAAAGGAUUCCCCCUAUAUCUUCACUCAAAUCUAGGCCUCAAAGACUGCAGUCUCAACCCCAAGUCUCCUCUCUUGUAUAUAACCAAGCCCAACCAGGUGGAAAAGGGCGAUCUACCGGGAGAAGACUGGACCGUUUUUCAGUCCAAUCAUUCCACAUAUGAACCGAUUCUUCUCGCCAAGACUAAGUCGGCCGAGACCAUACCUCACCUGAGCGUGGACGCGGCCCUACACACGACUGUGGUACAGGAUCUGGGGCUACAUGAUGGUAUCCAAAGGGUCCUUUUUGGUAACAACUUGAACUUUUGGCUUCAUAAGUUAAUAUUUGUGGACGCUGUGUCAUUCCUGACCGGAAAGAGGUUGUCUCUUCCGCUGAAUCGCUAUGUACUCGUCGACAUUGAUGAUAUCUUCGUUGGCAAGGAGGGAACUCGCAUGAAAGUGGAAGAUGUGAAGGCCCUCUAUGAUACCCAGAAUAAGUUGAGAGAGCACAUCCCCAAUUUCACUUUUAACCUUGGCUUUUCUGGAAAGUUUUUUCACACUGGUACAGAUGCUGAAGAUGAAGGAGAUGACCUUUUGCUUUCUUACGUGAAGCAGUUCUGGUGGUUCCCUCACAUGUGGAGUCACAUGCAGCCUCACCUCUUCCACAACCAGUCGGUGCUAGCAGAGCAGAUGGCCUUAAACCGGAAGUUUGCUGUGGAGCAAGGAAUACCAACUGAUAUGGGGUACGCCGUGGCCCCUCAUCACUCUGGGGUGUACCCCAUACAUGUACAACUAUACGAAGCCUGGAAGCAAAUCUGGGGAAUAAAAGUUACGAGUACCGAGGAGUAUCCACACCUAAAACCUGCACGGUUCCGAAGAGGAUUCAUCCACAGUGGCAUUAUGGUCCUACCCCGCCAAACCUGCGGCCUCUUCACGCACACUAUAUUCUAUAAUGAAUAUCCCGGGGGUCCUGUGGAACUGGAUAAGAUUAUUAAUGGAGGCGAACUCUUCCUCACCGUACUGCUAAAUCCUAUCAGCAUUUUCAUGACUCACUUGUCGAACUAUGGCAAUGACCGCCUGGGACUCUACACCUUCAAGCACUUGGUGAAGUUUCUUAACACCUGGACAAACCUUAAACUGCAGACCCUGCCUCCUGUACAGCUGGCGCACAAGUAUUUCCAGAUUUUUCCAGAGGAGAAGGACCCCUUGUGGCAGGAUCCUUGUGAGGAUAAGCGGCAUAAAGACAUUUGGUCCAAGGAGAAAACCUGUGACCGCUUCCCCAAGCUGCUCAUAAUCGGACCUCAGAAAACAGGAACCACUGCAUUGUACCUUUUCCUGGGAAUGCACCCGGAUCUGAGCAGUAACUACCCCAGCUCUGAGACCUUUGAGGAAAUCCAGUUCUUCAAUGGGCAGAAUUACCACAAAGGGAUUGACUGGUACAUGGAGUAUUUUCCAAUUCCAUCGAACACAACAUCGGACUUCUAUUUUGAAAAGAGCGCCAACUACUUUGACUCAGAAGUUGUUCCUCGUCGGGUGGCAGCACUUCUGCCUAAGGCUAAACUCAUUACAAUCCUUAUUAAUCCUGCAGACCGUGCUUACUCCUGGUAUCAGCAUCAAAGGGCCCAUGAUGACCCUGUGGCCCUAAAAUACACUUUCCAAGAAGUCAUCACUGCUGGAUCAGAUGCUUCACCAAAGCUACGGGCGCUGCAGAGCAGGUGCCUUGUCCCAGGAUGGUAUUCCACUCAUAUCGAACGAUGGUUAAACCACUUUCACGCUAACCAGAUAUUGGUUUUAGAUGGGAAGCUGCUGCGCACUGAGCCUGCCAACGUAAUGGAAUCUGUUCAAAAAUUCCUUGGAGUGGCAAAUGUCAUAGACUACCACAAAACUCUGGCGUUUGAUGCCAAGAAGGGAUUUUGGUGCCAACUUCUGGAUGGUGGGAAAACCAAAUGUUUGGGAAAGAGCAAAGGGAGGAAGUAUCCAGACAUGGACUCCGAUUCACAAGCCUUCUUGACAGAUUAUUAUAGGGACCAUAACAUUGAGCUCUCCAAGCUUCUGUACAAGAUGGGUCAGACGCUACCCACCUGGCUAAGGGAGGAGCUUCAGAACACGAGGUAGCUGUUGGCCGCUGCUUUUGGGAAGAAGAUAAGAUCUUAAGAAUUUGAUCAAGUUGAUACGGCAUCAAGGAACUAUAUGGCCUUACCCACUCAGCAAGUGACUUCAAUGGAAAAACGUCGUCUACAUAGAUGUCCUUAACUCCUGAAGGCAUCACACAGCAACUGAUAUGCAUCCUGAAAGGCCUGUUUUAGAGGCCUGGUUUAUAUUGUGUAGGAUCCUCUACUUUCUAGGGUCUUGCAAGUUUGUGUGACUGUUGUACUUGGACUCAUCCACUUAUAUAAGUAUUAAUAAAAGAGCCCCAAUGAUUUGGAAUGACACGCGCAACGUGUAGUUGUGGAUAGGUCUGAACUGUCCAACAAUGUGGGCUAGUGUCAAGAAAAUCACGCUGUACUGGAUGGAAGUGCCACUAAGCUACGAAAUACCAUGUAUUUCAAGAAUAUUUCCUGGUCUUCCUACAAAGAGACUGCAAUCGUUUCCAAGCUGCUUCUUGGAAUCCUGAGGUCACAUAGAUAACUGAAUGUGAUAUUUGGUUGAGUGAAACCCUUUAUUACCCUUGUAAGUAGUGUACAGUUUGGUGCAAGCAGUGUAUUGAGUUAUUAACAUGCCUCCUAUGGCAGCACUAAUGAUGCAGGUACGAAAGCUUUUAAAGGGGUUGUAAACACUAAAAUGAUCUUCACACCCCCACCCCACAAAAAAAAAAAAGAAAA